GUAUAAAACUAACCUAAGUCCUAACUUGUAGCGACCAGUUCAGACGUGUUAUGCGCCGUACGUUUAAUGUUAAAUAGGUAACUGUUUUAAAUUGGCGGCAGGUAAUUAGUAAAUGCACAUAAUAGCACAUUGCACACUUUCAAAGUUUCAAACUCCAAUGUUCAGUUCAAUGAUUUAUUUUAAUAGAAUCACUAGAAUCUAGUGAUUUUGUAUUUUUCAUUCAGCAGUCGAUACCGCGAUUUAAGUAAUUUAAUUUAUCUUUAGUUUUGGUGGCUAGCCAGUGCCGUGUUUUUGUUGAACAGUGUUAUAUUAAUCGUCACAACCCGCAUAAUAUUACAUAUAAUAAUUUAAAUUUUCGACCUCUAAAGCAAACGAAAUGAUGUCGACUGGAGGACAGCAGAAUAAAGACGUGCAAGAGUUUAUGUGCCGUAUAAAGGACCUGAACACCAGAAGAUUGUCCGGCCAGUCUGACUCUGAUGAUAUGAAAAACACUACAGACACUUUUCGUUGGCUUCGGAACAACUCACCCUUUCUUGAUGAUACUGAUAAAUGCCGAUUGUUGGAUUCCGGACUGAUUGAAAUCUGUUUAUGGUACUGCAACACUUAUUUUGCCAACGAGUCCCUAAGCUGUAGUAUAUUGCUACAGUUUUUGGCCAACUUCUCUGUGGGCCAUGAGAAUUCUCAACGGCAGAUAUUUGAUGGUUUCUGUAGUACGUUGAGACAUUUUAUUGUAUCUUCUCAGGAUUCCAAGCUAUUAAAUAAUUCAAUGAUGCUGCUGUAUAAUCUGUGUUUGUGUGAUGUAAACUUCAGAGAAGAGAUCUUAAAAGAUGCAAAUAUAGUUCAACAGAUUAUGACACAUUGGACCCUAAAAGAAUUGGAAUAUAGUAAAAUAUUUCUAGAUUCAAUCUUUUCAAAUUCAAAAGAUUUCUUAUUGGUCUUUACAAAUCUUCCUGACUGUUCUAAAGAUGAAUUAAUGAACAUUAUCUCCAUUUGGCUUGACAAUUAUAACAAAGAAGUAUCUUUAGAUGUCAUUGUUGUAAUAAGAAAUAAUUUUUUUAUCGAUUGUGCCAUAGAAAAAAUAACAAGACAUGUGGUGAAUGUUCUUGCUAAGGCUUCAAAUAUAGAAAAAUUCAAUUCUGAAAUAAAAAGUCACACUGCUCUAUUAAAAAAAAUUAUGGAUUUGUUGGUAUCCAUACAUAAGUGUGUCAAGGAUAAUGAUGAUUCAAAUGACUUUAGUCGUGUGAAGGAUCUCUCAGCUCUAUUUAAUUCAGAUGUACAAACUCACAAUAGAUUUUGGUUCAAAUCAGAUCUAAUACGAUUGAUUGCAAAUAUGUGUUUUAACAACCAAAAACAUCAAAACCUAAUGCGUUCUGAUAAUAUUAUUCCUAUACUGUUGGAGUGUUGUGCAUUUGAUGCCAAAAAUCCCUUGAUGCGUGAAUGGAGCUUAUUUGCACUAAGAAAUAUUUUGGAAGGAAAUCUGGAUAACCAAAAUUUUGUGGCUAAUAUAGAUUCUAUUGGAUCCAUUGACCCUGAAUCAUCAGUUAAACUAACCGAUACACUUAAAAUGGCUUCAAUUAAGAAUUCUAUCUCAGAUAGCGACACUAUGUUCAUCUAAGUUAAAUAAUUAGUUUUAUUUCUUAUUGCCACUUACCUAUAUUUUAUAACCAAUGUUAAUGAUAAUAGUUCAUAUACCUGUGUAAGUUUAUUAAGUAUUAUAAAAGAAUAUUAUAAUCUAAGGAUUUAUAGAAGAAAAUAAAAGGAGUUUUUGCAUGGUUAAAAAACAAAAGUUUAAGGUGAAUAAUUAUAUUAUUUUUUUAUGGAAUAAACUAAAUACAAUCAUUUUAUAA